AUGUCGAGGCUCCCCCAACGUUGGACCUGUGGCGUUACGUUGCGUCUGCGCGGUCUGGAGGAUGCAGUGAUCCCAUGCCAUGCGUCUUCCCGACCACUCAAAUCAUCUGGCCUAUGCAGCUCCACCGUCACCCACUCCGCCCGGCGUCCGCAGGCCAUGAACCCCUCCAAUGGCACUUCGUUGUCCACGUCAAAGAGCAACUCGACGCUACGGCCACGUACCAAGAGACUGAUUUCGGUAGAGGAUGAUAUAUACACCUCACAUGCGACUGAUGGCGGCCUGAGCGGAGGUCCCUCCCGUACAGCAGCCUCGAGACAUGCGUCCCCGUCACCAUCUCCGUCACCGUCUCCGGCUGCAAACUCUCGCACGGGAGCCACAACAUCUUCGCGCCUCAGUGUGGCUGCAAAUCCACUGGCCCUAUUUGAGCGGUCUUCGAACCCAAAGAGUCCCAACUCGCCAGGCUUGUCUGGGCUGUUGGGGAACUCUUGGUCGGCCUUACAGGACAUUGCCGCGACCGUUCUGGCCGACCCCAGAGACUCCAGCAGCAGCAGCGCACGACGACGCAAACCGACGCAAGGACGACGCACAUCUACCAGUGCUCCACCGCCAAAGCAAUGGGGUCCCGCAGGCGCAGGCUCGCUUGUUGGGGCCGGCACCCAUGAGGAGAGGGAGGCACAGGUUAGAGCUAUGAAGCGGAGAGACCUCCUGACUGCGAAUGAGCAUUUGGUGCCCGACUCGGUUGGGCGCAUCAAGCGCAGGAAUUCGGACGAUCGAAUGAGUGCUUCCGCACCGCCCGGUGAGAAUGAUGAUCGAGACGCGCUUGUAUACAUCCAUCACGUUCGGCCGCAAGAUACCCUCGCUGGGCUGAGCAUAAAGUACAACUGCGACCAAGCUGUUCUGAGAAAGUCGAACCGCAUGUGGCCCAACGAUAGCGUGCAGACAAAGCAGACGAUAGUCCUCCCCGUAGAUGCAUGUGGAAUCAAAGGGCGACCUGUCCCAGGACCAGAGGCCCUACCAGAGGAGGACCUCUUGAUGGGAGAGUACGGCAGUAGUUCUAGCAGCAAAUCAGCUACUACGAAGAGCACCGCUGGACUACCCAAUGGGUGGAAGACACCCAAACAAAAGGACGUGGAAUCUGCUUCUACCGUGUCCUCCAACACAGAUGCAGAGCCACCAUGGAAGCAUGAUUCAUGGGUUCUACUACCCAACGACAAACAACCUACAGAGAUCGGUCGCAUGCCACGCAGAGCACUGGGCUUCUUUCCGCCUGCACGGCGGAAGUCUGUCACUUACUCUGAUGCUUCCACGCCUCGCGCCUCGGUGGAUCUUCCCCGAUCCUCCACCUCCACCAAUCCUCUUACAGUCUCUCCCUUGCAAAUGGCCCGAUCUCGUGCCUCUAGUAAUCUGUCUUCUGUAUCCACCAACAGCCGCCAACGGAGCACAUCAGGCAAAGCAUGGGGCUUACAUGGCCCAGGCGGUGUGGGCACUAUGGGCCGUAACGUACGCUGUCCUGGACCUGCUCAAGACGGCCUGAAUAAGAAAUUCGCACAAUAUCUGCCUAAUGUGGCGCCUCCGCCUGGGCAAGAGUACUUUACACCUUGGGCACCCAGUCUCCUCGACGCCACAGCAGGAACAUCCUCUCAAAGUGCAGGCGGUUCGGGCGCGGUGACACCACUCAACGGAGCCGAAAUCAACUUUCAAGAGAUCGGUGGGGCAAUCGAAGGCUGGGUACGCAAAGUAGGCACAUCAGCGCAGAAAUUGCUACAAGAACCCGGGACACCCGGCCAAGGUAAAAGAUCCGCGGUACCCGUUUUGGGCGCCGUAGGAGGCGAUUUGGGCGAUUUGAUCGAGUUGCGAGACGACGCCUUUGAAAUCGGGGAUGGAGAGGAGGAUAGAGGCAGGAGUAGGGAGGAUCAUGUGUUAGCUGGUAUGGAUGAGAGGGCGAGUUCGGCAAGAGUCGAGCAGUAUCAAUCUGCGCGGCCUGAGUUUAAUCUCACGUUGAGGGAGAGAGGCAAAAAAGGGGAUGGUAGUGCAAAGAAGGAUUGA